AUCAUCAUCAUCAUCAUGAAGGAACUGCACUGGAAGGCCGAGGUGAAGAUUGGGAGCGAGCGCUUCGUGGUGUCGCCUUCCUUUCAGGUCAUUUCUCCAUGCUCGAACCAGCUCUUUGGCGGCCCCGCGACAGUCAUCAGGCUACAUGAAGGACGGUUGACAUCCGGGUUUCUAUCACAAACCGUGGCGCGCUUCAAGGAGACGGAUGAUGUUUUCCAUGAAGCUUUUCUGCGCACAGUGAUCGUCGUCGGUGCUCAAACCCAGAAGGUUGAUGAUAGUGUCGCCAGUCUAUUGUCCGAAUGGGGUGCGAAACUGUCAUUCGAAACGACAACUGGCGAGCAAGGUGAAGGGCCUUGCUACAUCAUUUCUGGGCAAUGCUAUGCAGUGUGGAAGCUAUUCCCGGACUUACAAGGGGCAUUCUUCGUUGCAACACUUCCGGCGGGUCAUAACAAGUACCAACCGCUCCACGGAGGAGCUGGCCCUUCUCUUGAGGUCGCCGUGCCUUCACGCUUAUACUAUCCCAAAUCAGCUUCAAAACCUCUUAACGGUCUGAGAUUCUCCAUCAAGGACAACAUGAACUUGCGCGGAAUCAAGACAUCGCUAUCUUCCCGAGCAUGGAACACUCUCUAUCCAGAGGUUGCUGACACUGCCCCGGCGGUGCAGUAUUUGAUUGAUUUAGGCGCUGUGAUCGUUGGUAAAACUAUGUUGUCUCAGUUUGCCGACGUCGAAAACCCUACGGGAGACUGGGUGGAUUAUCACUGUCCCUUCAAUCCCCGUGGAGAUGGAUAUUUGAUCCCAGAAGGGAGCAGCAGCGGGGCCGGUGCGUCCCUAGCAGCGUAUGACUGGCUCGAUGUUAGUAUUGGAACAGAUACUGGCGGAAGCAUUCGCGAUCCGGCAUCGAUGCACGGCCUUUUCGGCAUUCGUCCAACCUUCGGAAGAUUUAUGACUCGUGAUGCAGUCAUUUUUGAGACUGUCUGCGAUGUCUUGUAUCCGAAGACAACAGCUCCAACAAAGCCCACACGACUGAUUCGUCUCCCUGAAUUCGACUACCAGAACGAAAAAGCACAGGAAGUGAUUGAAGGCUUUGUGUCUCACGUGGAGGCUCACUUGAAGAUCAAGAGUGUCAGUAUACGACUGGAUGACAUUUGGAAGGGGAAAAAUCCAAGUGACACAGGCGAGUCAAUGGCGGAUUACGUAGGAAAGAAUGGAACAAUCAUGAAAACCGUCAAAAGCUUCGACUUAUGGAACAACACAGAGAAGUUCAGGCGCGACUACCAUUCGCAAUUUGGAAGACGCCCUUAUUCUAACCCUGCAAUCGAAGCAAAAUGGGCUGGAGCAUCUCAGGUAACCAAAGAGGAACAGGAUGCAGCUCUUGUGCGCAAAGAAGUUUUCAGAUCUUGGUUUUUGUCGGAGAUCAUCUCAGACUCCGGUACAGUGAUUGUCCUUCCGAUCUCAGAGUCCGAGCCUGUAUAUCGCGAUGAAUAUAAAGAUGGGCCGUGGGUCGGGGGGUCUGGUUGGCACAGAAAUUUCAUAUCGAUACUCUCGGGCUGUCCAGAGCUAAUACUCCCAAUUGGUCAAAUAGCUUAUAAUUCGAGGGUGACAAAGCGAUCCGAAAGCCUCCCGGCGGUUGGAUCAUUUGUUGGGUAUCCAGGAUCUGACAAUGCGCUUGCCAAAAUGAUUCAUGAGUUGCUAGUCGAGCAGGAACUGCCUACAAAGGUCUUGACUGGAAGUACGUGUCUUUAAGGCGCCAAGGUGG